AUGUCGAGCUUUUCAUUGGAGUUACUCGAUUUGAUUGAAGCCGAGAAAUACAGCAAAGCGAAAGAGAAAAUUGAGGAUGGAAAACAGAAUGAAAUCGAUUUGAUCGCUGCGGAUUUGCUUCUACGGAUUGGAAGUUGUUUUGGACAUGAGAAACGAAAAGAUCUCGAGGAGUUGAUGCAAACCGUGCUUCGCUUCGGGUACCCAACAGAGAGAGUCGCGAUUGGAGAACAACUGAUUCGGUCAAAUCAUUCAAUUCAUCUCUACCGAAUACUUCUUGCCGGAUUUGUUGUCGAUUUUGAUGCACUACCCGAUGAAAUGAAGAACAAUUUGAGGAAAGAUUUGCCCCAACUAAUUGAAGAAAACGUUUUGAAAAUUUUGGAACAAAACGAAGAGCAGAUUGAUGAAGUGGCCGCUUUGUGUGCCCAUCUGUUCACAUUCAGCAAUUACACGUGUGCAAGAUAUGAUUUUGCUGAUAUCGUUGGGACAUUAGUAAGAGCGUUGCCGCCAACUACACCAAGUAUGGCCACGUUACUGAUUCAUCUUUCCGAGAGGCGUCCAUUUCACCCAGUUCUCCAACAUGUGAUGGCCAUUCAACCAAAGGAAUUGACUGUUGUUCCGCAAGUAUUUUCAAAAAGAAUCCUUCAGAAAAAUUUGGCUUUGGAAUUGGGUGAAUACUUAGAAGUGUUUCAAGGCGGCGAACAGAUGUUGAUGGUCGAUGUCACAAUUUCAGCGCUGCAAUCUCUAACGAAUCACAUUGGAUUCGAUCAUUUGGAUGCAAGCUUCAUCCCAACUUACACGAAGCUCUUUGGAAAUUUGCUGAAAAUCUGUCAAGACUUUGAACUUAAUGAGAAAAGAGUGAAAGUAAUGAGAUACUUCGCGAAAAUCUUGGAUAGCUUUGACUUCUCGCCAAAAGUUCUUAUUCUGAAACGAUUGAUAGCAUUACUAUCGACUCAAGAAUUGAAGUUAGACAAAGAAGCGUUGGUGAUAGCAUGGAUGAUCGAUUUAUAUCGUCGAGAUUUACGAAGUGAUGAGUUUAAAGCUGAAUUGGGAUCGAUUUGGAGCUUGCUCUUCCCACUGCGAUACCAUGAAAUGAUCGAAGCGACCUCAUUUUAUGUGGCAGUCUAUUGUUUGGCGCAGCAACAAGCGUUGAUGAAAUGCAAUCCUGGGCUUAUGAAGAUUAUUGAAAUAGAUUGGCUGAAACCGGUUCAUCAACAGCUCUCCGAUUUUGUUGAACUUAUCAAGAGACGUCAAAAGGACAAGCCUGAUGUUAAAAAUUUUGCGGUUCCAGACUAUGAUACAUCAAAUCUCAAUCUUUUGAUUUCAUCGAUGGAAAUGACAGAAAAUUAUGUGAAAGAAUUCCUUUGC